UUCCCCGCUUGCAUCUCGCACACCUGGCGACCCCUCUUCCAGCCAGGAAGGUUCGCGCCCGCUCGGCAGUCGCCGGAGAUCGAGGCCCAGUUAAACUCUCCCGAGUCAGACCACGGCCCAGACCGCAGGAAGCGAGGGGCGGUGGCGUAGGAUGGGCCUGGCCGCCCCGCCCCCGCGCGCGGUGCCGCCGGGAGUUGCAGUUCCCUGAGCCGGCCCUCUCGGCCUCCCGCUCUCCCGCCAUGCUCUGCGCCUCCGGCCGCCUCCUAGCCGCCCGGGCGGCGACCUCGCUCCCCGCCCCGCCCCGAGGCCGGGGCCCGGCGGGCCGCCACCCGCGCCGGGAACUACAUUUCCCAGGGCAGCCCGGGCCGCCCCCUGGGGACUCCCUGGCUGGGCAGCAGACGAGACAGAGCGCCUCUCCGCACCGGAGGGUCAUUCUGAGGUGGGGGAGAAUGCCGCCGGCCGUAGGCAGAGGCCUGGCCGGGGCGGAGCUGCGGCUCCGGAGGAGCCGCUGUGGGCCCCGGGCUGGUCGGGCUGUGGGCCGGGACGGGGCCAUCCAGGCUGCAGCGCGAAGCCCGAAACGGCCGAGUCCGGGCUCGCGGCGUUUCGAGGGGACAGGCCGGCAGGCACUGCUGGUCCUGGUAACGCUGCUGUCCUUCGCCACUCGCUUCCACCGUCUGGACCAGCCACCUCACAUCUGUUGGGAUGAGACUCACUUUGGAAAAAUGGGAAGUUACUAUAUCAACCGCACCUUUUUCUUUGACGUGCACCCACCUCUGGGAAAGCUCUGUGCAUUCCUUGGAUCCUGCCUGGUUCCCUUUGCUUACCUCAUUGUAUUGGAUCUGUCCAAGUCCCUUCCAGCAGCACUGGUGACUGCCGCCCUUCUCACCUUUGACACAGGCUGCCUCACUCUGUCGCAGUACAUCCUUCUCGACCCCAUCCUGAUGUUCUUCAUCUUGGCUGCCAUGCUGAGCAUGGUCAAGUACAACUCUUGCGCCAACAGGCCUUUCUCUGCCCCCUGGUGGUUUUGGCUCAGCCUGACUGGCAUCAGUCUUGCUGGUGCUUUAGGGGUCAAGUUUGUCGGCCUCUUUAUCAUCCUCCAAGUGGGGUUGAACACGAUUGCAGACCUGUGGCACCUGUUUGGAGACCUCAGUCUUUCACUGGUCACUAUGGGAAAACACCUGAUUGCUCGCAUCCUGUGUCUCAUAGUACUGCCUCUGGCACUCUACAUGGCCAUUUUUGCUGUUCAUAUCAUGGUGCUGAGUAAAAGUGGUCCUGGUGAUGGUUUCUUCAGUUCUGCCUUCCAGGCCCGACUUUCAGGAAACAACCUUCACAAUGCUUCCAUCCCCGAACAUCUGGCUUAUGGCUCUGUGAUCACAGUGAAGAACCUCCGGAUGGCCAUUGGCUACCUGCACUCCCAUAGACACCUCUACCCCGAAGGCAUUGGUGCCCGUCAACAACAGGUCACCACGUAUUUGCACAAGGACUACAACAACCUGUGGAUCAUCAAGAAGCAUAAUACAAACUCAGAUCCCCUGGAUCCUUCGUUCCCAGUGGAGUUUGUGAGACACGGAGACAUCAUUCGACUAGAACACAAAGAGACUUCUCGGAACUUGCACAGUCAUUACCAUGAAGCCCCUCUGACCCGAAAACACUUUCAGGUCACCGGCUAUGGCAUAAAUGGGACAGGAGACUCAAAUGAUUUCUGGCGGAUUGAGGUUGUAAACAGAAAAUUUGGGAACCGGAUCAAAGUGCUAAGAAGUCGAAUUCGCCUCAUCCAUAUGGUUACAGGUUGUGUCCUUGGUUCCUCAGGAAAAAUUCUGCCCAAGUGGGGCUGGGAGCAGUUGGAAGUUACUUGUACUCCAUACCUGAAACAAACACUCAACUCCAUCUGGAAUGUGGAGGACCAUAUCAAUCCCAAGUUGCCAAACAUCAGUCUGGAUGUGCUGCAGCCCAGUUUUCCUGAAAUCUUGCUGGAGUCCCACAUGGUCAUGAUCCGGGGGAAUAAUGGCCUUAAGCCCAAGGACAAUGACUUCACAUCCAAACCCUGGCACUGGCCAAUCAACUACCAGGGCCUGCGCUUCUCGGGGGCCAAUGGCACUGACUUCCGAGUCUACCUGCUCGGCAACCCGGUGGUUUGGUGGUUGAACCUGGUGAGCAUUGCGCUCUACCUCGUCUCAGGAGGUGUUGCUGCCAUCGCCAUGCAGAGAGGCGCACAGCUGUCCACAGAAGUGGAAGGGUUGACCCGGAUCCUGCUGCAAGGAGGUGGCCAGGUGCUGCUGGGCUGGAUGCUACAUUACUUCCCGUUCUUCCUGAUGGGCCGGAUCCUCUACUUCCACCACUACUUCCCGGCCAUGCUCUUCUCCAGCAUGCUGACAGGUAUUCUGUGGGACACGCUCUUGCGGCUCUGUGCUGGGAGCCUGGCCUCCACUUCCCUGGCCAGGGGCAUACAUGCAGUGGGAAUCCUGAGCCUGCUCCUGGGAACUGCCUACAGCUUCUACCUCUUUCACCCCCUGGCUUAUGGGAUGAUUGGUCCUCUGGCCCAGGACCCCAAAAGUCCAAUGGCAGGACUAAGGUGGCUGGAAUCGUGGGAAUUUUGAGACUACUACAGAGACCCCCCACCCAGGUCCAGGAAUUGCCUGGGAUAGCCAGCUCUGCAGCUUCUGGAACCUGAAGAAUUCUGCCGCUGCUAGCACUAGGCUCCAGGAGCAAAUCUGGAUUUGACCCAGCAAUACAGAGCCAAGGCUCUGUCUGCAACACCUCCAGAGAUUCUCUCUACCUGGUUCCCCAGGUGUGCAACCCAGGAGAACACGAGUGUGCGAGAGGGUGGCUGAGAGUGUGGGAGAGUAUAUGAGGUUACCAUUGUCAAUCUCUUCGGACUACAGACCUUGUGACUGACUGUAAAUGGCCAAGUGUCAUAAACACUAAGAAACAGUA